AUGGAAAGGCCCAUUAUUCAGCACUGGUGUGAGACCAAUCCACCAGAGAUCGCAGAAAUACGGGGGCAAACCCCCAAGACACCACCCUGGAUCCGCCACUGUAAAAUACACUUCUCAUUGGGACCAAGAAAUGAGUUCCAUCUGAUCCAGUGUAUCAAAGGACUCAGAAGAAACAUUGACAGAGUAAUUUAUUUCGAAUAUCAUUUACUAUGUUAUUAA